AUGAUAUGGGGAGGCAAACGGGUCGAAACCCUGUCAGCGAAAGAGUGGAAAGGCUUUACGGCCGAAGUGUUGAAGAUCCACGAGGAUAAUGAAAGACUGGCGAGAAACCUCGAGGAAAGAGAAAAGGUCGCUGCGGCGCGAGAUUUGGCAAAUUUGGCUGGUGGCAACUCUCAAAGGACUGUUGAAACAAUUGUUAAAGGAACAAUUGGGAGCUUGCCCGAAUUUUCCAUUGAAGAAAACUGGUCAUUGUGGUUUGAGCGGUUCGAACAAUAUUGUGUUGCGAACAAGGUGAACGCGAAUAAACAAGUGUCGUUGUUCUUGACGCUGUUAGAAAAAGAAGCGUACGGUCUUCUAAGAAACUUGUGUGCGCCGAGGUUGCCCGCUGAGUUGUCGUUGCGAGAGUUGGCGACAACGAUGAAAAAUCACCUGCAACCAACGCCGUGUGUAAUUAUGAAAAGGUAUAAAUUUAAAGAGUGCAGACAAAGGCAAGAUCAAGGAGUGAAAAGCUUUGUAGCUGAGUUGAAAAGCUUGUCGACAUUUUGUGAAUUUGAAACGCUGGAAAAUAGCUUAAGAAACCAGUUCGUGUGGGGGCUCGCAUGUGACGCAACAAAGAAAAGGUUGCUGGGUGAAAAAGACUUAUCCUUCAACAAAGCGGUGGAAAUUGCGCAGGCACUGGAGGCGGCGAGUCGUGAUGUCGCAGGGAUGCGCCUGUCGUCAACGGCGGGAGAGCCGAUCAAACACGUUGUGGACAAGAAGAAAACAAAAGGUCAUCGCAAAGAAGAAAAACAACGUGCUGCAGGGACCUGCUACUGUUGCGGUAAGAGUAAUCAUCAAAAGGCAGCGUGCCGAUAUAAAGACUUUAAGUGCAACAACUGCGGAAAGGCAGGGCAUUUGCGUGUUAUGUGUCGUAGGAAAGGAGAGUCGAGCGCGAACCAAGCAAGUAAACAAAAACAAGGGCAGGCAAAGCGUUCCACGGAUUCACAGCAUUUCGUGGAAGAGGACCCCAAUACGUCAAGCGAGUCUGUGUUUUGCGUUGCAGAGUAG